AUGUCUUCAGAAGAAAGCACCGAUGAGCUGAAAGCUGAAACGACGCAGGUUAUUUAUAAAUGUCAAGAUGAAGCAGAUUCUGAAGAGGUGUCCAUGAGCGAAUGGUCUUCUUUAGUUGAAGAGCUUCCGGAAGAAAAUGUAAAGAGAAAGUUAUAUGCUGAAGGGCUAUACGAACCAGGUAGUGGAGAAAUAUGCACCAAAUAUGUUGCAAUGUCUGCAAGUUCAGUCAUCAGACAUCCAUUUUAUAACUACCCGGCUGUCCUUGAUCCUGGGAUUAAAGAAGCUAUAUUAGAUCCAGAAGACAAAGUGGUAUAUCCUAAUGACGGUCAGAAGUUAUACUUAGCAAUAUGCAAGGAAAUGAAUCAGUGCCCAGUCAAAUCUUUUCAUGAAGGACUAAUCAAGGAAGUGAUUGAUUUAAGGUAUUAUAAUGUUAAUCCUAACGGGGUGAAAGCGAUGGCAAAAGCACUAGAACACAAUAGAAACGUCACAGCUCUGGACCUUACUGAUAAUUUUCUCAACGAUGACGCCUGCUAUCAUUUGAGCGAGAUGUUAGUUACUAAUUCGGUGUUAAAAGAUCUCAAUUUGACUGGUUGUCGAAUAGGACCUAGUGGUGUAAAGCAACUGAUGUUCGGGCUACCGCUGAACCGUUCUCUUCGAGUUCUCAAUCUGAGCAAGAACCAAAUAGGUGAUGAGGGUAUAAAAUAUCUCGCCGAAAGCAUUCAUAUUAAAGAAGCAAAAGAAUAUUUAGUUGUCACUUACGGAGAUGUUCUUGGCGAUUAUAAAGUGGCGGAGCCUGAUUUAAGAGAUAUUGUGCUCAAUAGAGCUGAUUUCUUGGUGAAAAAACGUAAGAAGCGGUCAUCAGUCGAUAUAGCACUUUUAGCGAUGCAGUUGUUGAAAGAUAACUACAAAGUUAUGUCCGCAAAGGCUUUCGGAACUGCCAUUGAAAAUUCGGGACUGGUGCUGGAUGAAGACCUUGUUAACGGUAUAGUUGAAGUUUUUGCAGGUCCUAAAUCGAAGAAGGCGAAAACUAUCGACAUCACCCUUUUGGUGGACUUCGUUAAAAGGAAAUGGCCCGAUCGGCAGCUUCCACCCACACCGCCUCCCGAGCCCGAACCAGAAACCCAAAUCGAACCUGAACCCAUACCUGAAGUUAAACCAGCUAAGAGUGGCAAAAAGAAAAACAAAAAA